AUGGAUAAAAAAAUAAAUAAGGUUUUUGAUUGCAUCGCCUGUAAUGCACAGUUCUGCCGUAUAUGUGAAAGAGAUUGGGAUGAUGAACAUAUUGGCUUAAGGUGUGAAGAAAUGGAUAAAAAAGAUAAGAAAGAAAGAGAAAUUGAAAAGAAAUUAAAUGAGGCAAUCGUUCGAAAAUGUCCAAGAUGCGGAGUUCAAUUCGUAAAAGAAAAAGGAUGUAACAGAAUGACUUGUCGUUGUGGCAUGACCCAAUGCUAUAUCUGUAGAGAACGUGAAAUCGAAUACAAUCAUUUUUGCCAACACUUUCGUGAUCCAAAUAACCCGACUUGCAAAGAAUGUAACAAGAAAUGCCUUCUUCAUGAAGAUACAACCAAAAAAGAUGAACAAUUAAUUAAAGAAAUUCGUCAAAAGGAAGGGGCGAAGGCUUAAAUUCUUUAAAAAUAAUUUAUUUGAUUCUAACUUGAAUUUUAACUUUUUGAAUUUUUAAGGUUGACAUAAAUAUUUGAAAUAUUUAUUUAUUGUCCUUAUUAUACAUAUUUAUAGCUUAAAAAAUAUAAAAUAUGAGUGAAGAGACUCGAACCCGCAACACUAUUUCAAGCGAUUUAUCCACUUAACCACAAAACUGCAAAAUCGUUUACUCUGCAAAUGUCCUCUAUUAAUACUUCAACUAAACAAUUUCUAAACGAUAUUCUGGUUUUGUAUUUCGGCGGUCUUUGAAGUUUGUUAUUACGGCGCGCUCUUAUUUGUUAGGGAGUUGUAGAUAUUUAAAGAAUACCGGCCUCGUGGGCAAAAGUUUAAAUUGAUUAGUACCGUUUUCCUUCCAUUUCCCUUCUAUAUUCACAUAUUUCCCCCUAAAUCAAUCGUUCAAAUAUUUCUUCCUUUAUUCGAUAUAUUCAAAUUGUGCCUGUCAAAGUUUGCCUCAUAUUCUAAUUUAUUCUUUAUCAUCUUCCCGUCUUUCUUUAAGUAUACCCUCCUACAUUUCUACGUAUCAUUCUAACAAUUUUCCUUCUUUGACUCUUCCAACUCCAAUUCAUUUUUUCUUAU